AUGCCCGCUCAUUAUGUGGACUAUAUCCCAGCUGGACCUACCAAUCUCCCACAUUUACCUGCUCCUCCUCCAGAUAGUCCUCCCAACCGAGUCAUCAAUGACCUCCCCGACCACCAGCCCAUACUCAUCCCCUACCAGACUGCACCAGAUGCACUGGGUCUUUUCUGCAUCUAUGCGCAAAAAUCCACUCUCAUACCCACCGGAAAUGAAGGCCUGGAUGUGAUUGCUGAUGCCCUGACCUUCGAAACUCAGGGCAAUUCUCAUUUAGUGCAUUCUCAGAUCGAUCCUGGACUUCCCUCCCAAGAAAUCCAUCUGGAAGACAUAUUUUCCCCAUUUAGCAGCCCAACUGCAGGACUUCUCAUGUGCUGGCAGUAUUCUGGCGCAAACUCUAAGUCGAGCGCUGAAAUGAAAGGUCUCACCAGGGAAUUUCUUGACAAUGAUGUAUAUAGGAGAGAAGACAUGCGGAUUUUUGACGAUGUGAGGGAGAAGAGGCUCAUGAAGGAGUACCUCAAGGACAGAUCCAAUCUGUUUUGUGUGGAAAAUGGCUGGUGCAGCUCUUCAGUAAAAAUCUGCCUACCCAAAGAAAAGGUGAAGUUCCCAUCAGAAGAAGACACCCCAGAAUUGGAGAUCACUGGUGUUCAUCACCGCUCCCUCACUGACAUCAUUAGAUCUGUCUUUGAGGACAGCAUCGUGUCCACCUUCCAUCUGACACCUUUCCAUCAGCAAUGGGAAGCCUCUGAUGGGCGCAACAUCAAUGUCUAUAGCGAGGCAUAUUCCUCACCAGCCUUUAUAGAAGCCUACAAGGAAAUUAAUGCACUUCCCCAAGAUCCAGGCGAUGACCUCGAGUGA